UUUGGUUUAUUAGUUUAUGUGUCUACGGUGUUUGUGUAUUAUGUUACAGAGUAUAUAUAAAUUACAGAGACUGUAAAUUAUUUGACAUUUAACAACUCAUAUUGUGAGCUUGUAUUUUGUUAAUAAUCGUUUACAAAAUAUGAAACAUCAAUAUUUUCAACUUAAUUUUUUACUUAAAUUGGUUUAGCCGUAGAAUAAUAGCUUGGAUAUAAAAAUGGGAAUUCUCAACGAUAUAUACUAAAAAUUUGGUUAUUUUAAAUAAUACUUUAAGAGGUUAUUACAGGAAUACUUGUACGCAAGUGUGAAAAUAGUACAAAUGGAUUCCGACAAAAGCAAAAACAAUGUUCCUCAAAAUAACGAGGAACCAGCACCUCCAGGAACUGAAAUACCGCUGCCGUUAGAGCAAGAACCACAAACGCCGAUUUCUACUUCAAAAACACCAAUGAUUUUACCUUCAGUUAAAGGAGUCGAAAAUGCAAAAAAAAGACUUAGGGCAUUUUCAAUUCAGAAGAAAACACCUAUCACUCCUAUAUUAUUACCAAAAUCGACAGGAAGUGGAAAUACAACAGUAUUGAUUGGUAAAUUGAGCAGUGUCAAAUUAACACCAAAAGUGGAAGACCCAGAGCAUAAGAAACUACCAAAACCUCCGAAACCAGGCACUUCCAGAAAAUCUUUUCAAGAUUCUUACACGGACCUUCAAAGGAGAACUCUCGCUGAAAUAGAGGAUAUGAAACGUAAAAUGGAAUUAGUGGAAUUAGGCAUACCGCUUGGACUCAUCUGUCCAUCGUCCACCAGUGAGAAAGCUAUGCCGACCAAGGCUAUGCCACCUAUCAAGUCAUUCUUGGACCCAGCAAAAGUUGACGAUCUCAUUCGUGAAGCAAAAAAGGCAAAACUUGAAGGUAAAGAGUUUAAAUUUGACUAUCAUAAGCUCUUGCCUGAUUAUGACAAUCCCUUUCAAAGGAAAAGGGACGAAGCGGCAUCUCAUGAAAAGGACCGUAAAUCUGACCGCCGUAAAGGUGAAACGGAUAAAGAUAGGAGGAAAAGUGACAAAUAUGAUUCAAGAAGACAUGACUAUAAGAAAGAUGAGUUGAAAUACAAGGAAAGAGAUAGAGAUAAAUUUAAAGAUAAGGGUAAAGGUAAAGAAGAAAAGACCGAGGAAUCAAGGAAAAUAGAUAAAACGACAGAUAAAGAAACUGAAAUGAAUCUCAAUGAUUAUUUAGUUUGUGACAGUUGGUCUUUAGAUAAUGACGAUAAACACAGUAACUCAAGUCCUAAAGCUCAAGAAAAACCAUCGAACUUUGUUGCAUCGUUCACUCCUUCGACGGAUAUAAUGGUCACGGAACCGUCUGAACAAUUAAAAUUAAGUAUUUCCAAGAACAAAGAAAUAUUAAGGAGCAUAACAUUAGAUAAACCAUUGAAAGCGCCUGUUAAGAUGGAAAAAUUGCAACCAGUAAUAGAUUCAUUCAAAUUCGAGAUCGAUCCAAACGAUGAUGAAAUUCUAGAUAUAUUCGAUGAAGAUUCUGGCUUAGAGAAAUAUGCUCAAACUAAGUCUAAGAAGCAAUCACUAUUAUAUGAUCCGUCUGAUAAAAAUGUAGAUUACGGUGCUGAUGUAUCGAAGGAAACGUCCUUGGACGGUAUAAACGAUGACACGUUUUUGGAAUCAGUUAUAAAUGAAAUAAAACAAGAAGAUAUGAGCGACGAUGGUAGCCAAGAUAAGGGUCUCGUUGAAUACGAAAUGUCUCCGAAUAGAGAGGAGGAAAGUCCGAGAAAAACAAAAGCCGGCUCUGUCACACCUGAAAUUAUCGAUAAAUCUCGUGCUCAAAGUCAAAGAAGUGACUUCUCUGAAGGUUACAGAUCGUCGGAUAGUUUUAAGACUACCGAUACAAACGAAAGCGGAUAUAAAUCUUUAGACCGUUAUAGAAUAUCGAUAGAGAAGGAGUUAGAUGAUGCAUUGGAAUCGAAGAUGUCUAAAUCAACGGUCGAUUCCCUCGAAACAUGGAAUUUUGUGCUCAAAAUCUGCCAGCCGCUUUUAUUUAGACACGAUAAGAAAAAAUGUUACAAAGAAACUCGGACAACUCCCAAGAUAUGGUACACAGAGAGUCCAAAAGGAUGUUCAUGUGUGAAAGACCGUAGCGUCGUUUAUGAAGAACUGGAAAUGUCCAAAAUGAAUCUAGUGGAUCGAGUGUAUGGAUGUGAUCAGAUUGCUGAUUCUCUAUAUUCAUCAGCACGCGGUUGGUAUCCACGUCACAGCUUAUGUCCCACUGAGAGCAACGUGGUCCCACUCGCCAAUGAGUGGGAGGCUGAGGAUAGCUUACAGGCGCACAGAAAUGAGGAGAGAAUGCCGGCAACUCCUCAAAGAAGCGACGAGCUAUCACUGGAUAGGGAGUAUCAGAGGUUUAUGGAAGCGGUGUGGCCAGACGUCGUCGAUUCCAAAAUAGAGACAUCAAGAAGCACCACACCGGUGAGACAGGAUUCCAGAAAGAAGAAAAAAGAGGAUUUAGAAAAGGAAAUCGAGGAUAAAAAGACAAAGAAGAUUAAGUUAAGCAGCGAAUGCUGGAGUCAAGAGUCUGAUUUAGACGAGGAAGAAAAAAGUAAUAAAGCUAAAGUAGAAAAGGAAAAAUCCAGAUCUCGUAAACGAAAACAUUCAACAUCGUCAAUGUCCUCGUCGCUAUCAGACAGCGACGAAAACUCCACAAAGAAAAGGAAAUUGCUUAAGAAAAAGGCGAUAAAGAAAACGAAAUCGAAGUCGGCCAAGCGUCGUCGCAUCGGACGCAAAAUACUAAAAAAAUUGAAAGAAAAACAGAGUAAGCGGAAAAAAAACAAGUCGUCUGAAGAUGACGAUUCAGAUAAGAAAAAAGAUAAGAAAAUAAAGAAGAAGAAGCAAGCAAAGCUAAAGAAGAAGGCUCAAAAGAAAAGGAAGGUUGUUCAAACGAGUUCUUCCAGUUCGUCUUCAAGUAGCGAUAGCAGCAGCGAAUCAGAUUCUGCGAGUGACAGGAGAUCGAAGAAGGCUAAAAAACGGAACCAGGAGAGGAGGAAGAAAAUCAAAAAGCAAAGAAAACAAUCUUCUUCAGAUUCAACGCAAAGCGAAGACUUAUUUGAUGUGAACAUCCUUAAUAAUAUUAAAACCGAACGCUUAACAGACGACGAGAAAGGUAAAAAAUUAAUGGAGUUCUCACCUCGGCGACAGAAACCGAGAGAGAUUAUUAACGUUAAAGAACUGCAAAAUGAUUUUGUAGAGAACAUACAUAUUAAAAAGGAAGUAGAGGAAGAUCUAUGUAAAGAAGUACGUAAAGUAGAUACGAAUAAAAUACAAAGUGACGUCUUCGAUAUUGGUAGCUUGGAACCGAUUACGGAAAUAAGUGCUAUCGAAGAGAUAGAACUGCCUGAGGACCCACCGAUUGAAAACACACUCGUCCAGCCCCUCGCUCCUCCCACCGUGGGCCAACACGGUGGGAGGGCGGAGGCUCCCGCGCCGGACGAGUCCAACAUGUCUCAAUGUUCAUCCCAAGAAUCAGUGUGCAGUGUGAAGGAUGUACCGUCGUACGAGAAAGACGAAAGCCAUCUCCGACCGUCAUCUCAAAACUCCAACUACAGUUUCAACGAUGUGAUUAGCGCGAGCCAAAAUGUGCUCUAUCAGAAGGGAAUAGAGACGGUCGCCGAGUGCGAGGACAAGUACACGGAGAGCUACGAGACCGCUAAUUACGAGAUGUACGAGCAACUUGCGAUGGCCUACCAGAGCGACGUGGCGAGUCAGCGGGCGUGUCCGGGCGCGGAGGCCCCGGGCGGCGAGCGGCGCAUCGAGACGGUGGUGCGCGCGCGCUGCGGGGAGAUCAAGUGCGACUGGCGGGCCGGCCGCGCGCCCGCGCCGCCGCCCGCGCCGCGGCCCUCGCGCUGGGGCCUGAAGCCGGGGGAAGUGAACAUCGUGCUGACGGGCGAGGGGACUCACUUUUCGGUGGAGGACGCUCAGCCCAUUUAUCAGAUUCAGAGCAUUGCUAAUCGCACAGACUCUACCGCCAACACAGGCUACGAUGAAGCGUACAUGGAUAUGUACGGUGCCUCCGAUCGCUUGCAAUAUGGCGACUGUUUCGGGCCCGACUUCGAUACAAACACAGUUUCCGCGAACAUCUCAGUUACUGCCAUUGAUGAUAUCUCUCUGGACACGAAUGUCUCAGUCAAAGCGAAUGUUGAAACUAGGACCAGUUCACUCGACGAUAGGAUUAACAAAGCUUUAAGAGAAACGGUACUCGGAGAAGUGGCUAAAGAGGUAGAAAGUGUUGAUGCAGAAACUUACCAGAAGGACGUACCAGAAAAAGGCAUUUUGAUCACCAAUUUAACGACGGAGCCCCGCAGCUUUAAGCGAGUGAGUUUCGCGGACGGGUACAAGCCGGGGCAGGACUCCGACGUGGAGGAACCUCCUGUGAAGAAGCGCAAGAAGGCCCGGCGCUACGGCUGCGCGUGGCCGUGCUCCGCCGCGCACGCCGACCACGUGCCGCUGUGGGACGCGCUGCCGCCGCCGCCGCCGCCGCCCGGCUCGCCGCCGCCGCCCCCGCGCGCCGCGCCCCCCGCGCACCUGCUGCGCGCCGCGCGCCGCCGCGCCCCGCACCCCGCGCUGCCCGCGCUGGCCGCCGGCAAGUUCGAUCCAUCGAUUCCUUUGCCGGGUUUCAUGCCUCCGGAGCCGCCGCCCGGCCUCAUUAGCUUGCAGUAGAUUAAACAUUUGAUUAUUAUUAAUUUUACUUUUAGUAUUUAAGAUAUUGUAAAUAAACUUAUGCUGACAAAUUA